CUCUCAAACACACCUGAAGUGAAGCUGUGCACACCCGGCUUCAACACACAAAAACCAAGACCGACCGCUGGGACUUGACGUCUCAGUGCAACAGAAGGUGAUGGGCUCAGUCGACUGUGACCGAGAUAGCCCGACGCUCAGAAUAUCUCAGUAUGUAAAGCAGGUGGGGUUCCUGUGCCAUUGUGUGUCUGGGUGCGGUGGAUUUAAUCUCAUAAGACACUGAAGGAAGCCACAGUAAACACCUGAACCCAUGGGCCUGGUGAGUACUGCAUCGGGUUUCUAACUGAAUUCAUCUUCUGUUCGACUGUUCGGUCGGGAAUAAUCGACUUUGUUGUCUCUGCAGAAACACUCCAACCCCAAGCUGUUCCCGGGGGACAUCGUGGAGUAUCCCAGGAACAAGUACUUCUCUCAUUUCGCAGUGUACUACGGAGAGAAGGACAAUGUCUCCUACGUCGCUCACCUGACGAGUCGAGGAUGCUCCUCUUCGUCGUCCUGACCGUCUUCUUCUCUGCGGGAUUUUCCAUGGAGAUGAACCAGACCUCCAAACUGCUGGGGGAGAGCGGAGAACAGUGCUCGGCCUGCGACUUCCGGGAGCACAACAAGCAGAUGAGGCUGCACAGCAUCAAGUCCCAGAUCCUCAGCAUCCUGCGGCUGGAACAGGCUCCCAACAUCAGCCGGGACAUGAUCCGCCAGCUGCUGCCCAAAGCGCCUCCUCUGACGCAGCUCCUGGACCAGUACGACCCGCGAGUGGAGGACGAGGACCACGCUACGACGGAGACCAUCAUCACUAUGGCCACCAAGCCAAAUCCGAUCGCCCAGGACGAGUUGUCCUCCUGCUGUCUGUUCAGCCUCAGCCCCAAGAUCCAACCCAAAAACAUCCUGCGCGCUCAGCUGUGGGUUCACCUGCGGCCGGCCGACGUGGUCACCACCGUCUUCCUGCAGAUCUCCCGCCUCAAACCCGGGAGGGAGGGAAACAACACCCGAGUCAGAGUCCGCUCCCUGAAGAUCGACACCGACGCCGGGUCCGGCUCCUGGCAAAGCAUUGACAUCAAGUCUCUGCUGCAGGCUUGGCUGCGUCAGCCAGAGAGCAACUACGGCAUCGAAAUCAAUGCCUACGACUCCAAAGGAGAAGAUCUGGCUGUCACCUCAGCAGAGCCCGGAGAGGAAGGACUGCAACCGUUCAUCGAGGUGAAGAUCCUCGACAGCCCCAAGAGAUCCCGCCGAGACUCGGGCCUCAACUGCGACGAGGAGUCGGCCGAGACCCGCUGCUGUCGAUACCCCCUCACAGUCGACUUCGAGGAGUUCGGCUGGGACUGGAUCAUCGCGCCCAAACGCUACCGAGCCAACUACUGCUCGGGGGAGUGCGAGUUCUUGCACCUGCAGCAGUACCCUCACGCGCACCUGGUGAACAAGGCCAACCCAAGGGGAACCGCGGGCCCCUGCUGCACACCCACCAAGAUGUCACCCAUCAACAUGCUGUACUUCAACCGCAAGGAGCAGAUCAUCUACGGAAAGAUCCCGUCCAUGGUGGUUGACCACUGUGGCUGCUCCUGAGGAGCCCGAGGCAUCUGCAGGACAUAGGAUCGACCAUAGAAGCUUCGUUUCUAGCAAAAGUGACGCAAAAAUUCAGUGUUUCAUUAAAAAUCUAAACUUAGACCCAGUAACAUCCCUCAUGUGUAAGAGAUGCAAGGAGUGUGUUUAAAGGACAGGGCAACUCAAGUUGUUUUUACUUUCCUGCUUUGUGCUUUCAUUCCAAUACAGAAGAGAAAAUCUAUUUUAAAAAACACACAUAUAGGUACCCUAAACAACAAAUAAUAUCUGAAGGACCAACUGAAGGUCAUUAAAGAGAGAGCGAUCAGAGACAUUCUUAAAUAAUCAAAACAGUUUCGUUAAAAGAAAGGUUGCGGUCAUACGCAUGUGUACGUGUUGGUAAAAAGCAAGUAUAUCAUGAGUGUAGAUGGACAGACAGACUCCUGCUGCUUCCUGUUUUAUGAAAACGUGUCCUGAUUUGAGCCUUGACCAGAACAAACCCCGCGGGACGUCUUCCAUGUGCGGCUUUAUUUUGAAAAACAUGAACCUAACGACUCUGAGCUGACAGGUCGCCCGUCCCCCGUCCCCGAGCUUGUUUGCAAACUCCUCGCUGUGAUCUGUUCUCAAGGCCAUCGCAGUGAUGUGGGAGGGAAGGGAUCCUUUUUGUUAAGGACGUUGUUGCAGGUGUUACGGGAUUUUAUUGUCAGUUGUUGUCUUUUAAACGUGCCAAGCCAGCAGCGUUUUAAAUCUGAUGGCUGCCUCGUCUUUGCCGAUGGCAUCGUGGCUUCGCCGAGCCAGCUGCUGGAGCCAGACAGAUGUUUGACAAGCACCACAGCUGAUAGGCUGUGAGAGCUGUCCAUCGAGGUUUGCUGUCACUGAGGCCCUGCAGGUCGAAUGCACUGCAGUGUCACAACACAGGGUUCCCGUCUUAAACUUAAAGUUCAAGGACCUUUCGAGGACUUUCCAGGCCCAGUUCCCUCAUAAUCUGAACACUACCGCACACACACACUCUGUGGCUAAAAGUCUGGUUCACCUGUGAAACAAAUGUGAGGUCAGAGGUGUGUUUUGCCACACCUGUUGCGCCGCCUACAAGUGAUGUCACAGUGUGCUGACACACCCUGGAGUUCACUUCUGCAUCACUGCGGCAGGGCGAGAAGACAAUCCAGAAGGUGGUGGAACGAGCUUUCAGGGUGUGUCGAGUUAAACUCUCUUCACAGCCGCAGGAAACCUUCAUGUUCUCUUACAGGCAGCCGUUUAACCUGCUGUUACUGUGGUCAUCAGAGCGGAGCAGCCUCUGGUGGACAUCAGCAGAACUGCAGCUUCACGCAGCGGUGACAGUGAAAUCAUCGGUGCGAUAACGUGGAAACGGGCCGGGAUGUUUUGGAUCCACGAGCCCGUUACCAUGCGAGGGCGGGAGCUCAGGGGGAGGCGUGAUCUCGAUCCGAAGCGGAGUGCAGAUGUCCUCUCUGUUGUUGUGCUUCACGUGGGGUUUUGACCCAAAAGUUCUGCUGUUGGAACAGGACGUCCACAAGUGACACAGGCUCACUUUGGUCAGUCUGCCCUGAACAGAAUGUCCCGUCUCGUUUCCUGUAGUUUCAUCCUGCGUUGUGACGUUCAUCUCUUUACGGAAGGACACACACACACACACACACACACACACACACACAGAAAAUCAAACCGUUGAGACUGUGAGUAAAAACACUAAGUGUAAAAUGUUUGCUGACAGCUUCGAGGUGAUUAGUUUCCGUCUGAAUUCUCAUUUUCAUGUCAGCAUCAAACACAGAAGUCGGGCUGCAGGCGUCACCGCGACUGCAAACAUAUUUCAAGUUGAUUUUCUCACAAAAUAUUGCUGAAAUGGACUGAAACGAGUGAUGAAAUGCUUUGGAAAAUGGUCAGCUGUCAUGUGAAGUUUGCGGACACUUCCGGUUGUUAUUUUCAUCACUUUGAAGCAGAUUUUCUCCCUUGUUGUGCUCCAUCAGCAGUGUGAAACCUGCCGCUGCACGCAGAAGCUGUGAAGCGUCAACCCCAAACGUCCUUCCAGUGUGUGCAGAAUGAAACUUAUUUAUUGCCACAAGAUGGCGCCAACGUGCACUGUUGAGGUGGUCUGAAUCGGUUUACGGUGUGCAGGCAGAGUGGAUCCCACCUGCGUGAUAAAGACGUGUGUACUCCCGGUGGUUUGUGCACUGACUCUGUAUGUGUUUAUGAAUGAGCAUAAAUGUGCUAUCGGUGUCUCCAUUAUGGCGACAAAUCCUCUGAAGUGCUGAAUGUGAGGGAAGGGUCCGCCUGCAGCUGCACAUGACGUAUUUCUCAUACAUACGUGAAUAACAGCAUUAUCACAUAUUUCAUCUUGCUUUGGUGAGCAAACUAACACAUCUGGAUGCAUUUGUAAAUUGUUCUGAUUGUUUUUGUCUGUUGUUUUCUUCUGCCGCUGAACUGAAUAUUCGCACUUUCUCUGCCACCUGAAAUAACAGGAAGUACUGCUAUCGCGAAAUCACUGGCUCCCUGUGACCCCUCAGAAUAAAGCUGUCAGUUUGUAGAA